AUGAAGGCUCUUGCAGGUUCACCUGUACAGGUGAUCAAAGGUAAAAACAGGUCUAAAUCCCGCUCAUCCUCUUCAGUCUCGGAAACAACCAAAGAGUGUCUGCAAUCGCACAAGCCAACCAACAGAAGCCGCAGUGAUGUCUAUCCAGAAAUCAUUCCCAUGUUGCCUGCUAUCCAGGGAAUAAAACACACAGCUAAUUUGGUGUCCCCAAAAUUAAACAGACGACAAGAAGCAAGAAAGGAAGUCUACUCAUCUGGAAAGACUGGAACUCCAGCUGUUAAUGGAGUAGAGCUCCAGAAAUCAGACGCUGAUCAGCUCUUGACUGGCCAGCCUGAGAAUGGAGUUCAGGCAACUUUAUUUUCCCAGGACCCCUCAAUCAAGAGCCUUCUCAAGCUAGGCAUCAUCUGUUUACCGGGCAGUCGUGACAGAGCUGGCCGGGCUGUGGUUGAGGUCUACGGGGGCAGGAAAGGCUGGGCGUCCUCUCAACUUUCUCCUCAUGAGUUCUGCAGAGUGUUACUCUACCUGCACUCCAUUCCCAGGAUGGAGGUCAGAGAGCUGGGACUGACCGUAGUGAUUGACAGCAGGAAGUGCCCUCUGCCCUCUGUGUUCUACAAAUCCCUGCUCAUGGUUCAGGAGCAGGCCCUUCAUGCAGUGCACACUAUCUUGAUGCUUGUUGAUAAAGACGCAAAUCCUCGACGGGAAAAACAUCCUGGUCUGCAGAUAGAUGUUGUGACGUCACUAAAAGCUCUCCAUAAGACAGUUGAUGGACAGCAGUUGACCUCUGACCUUGGCGGAUCCUUCCCUUACAGUCAUGAAGACUGGCUACAGUUUCACCAGAAGCUUUCUCUCUUUCAACUCGACCUACAAGCAGCAGCAUCAUUACUGCAGACAGCAAUCAGGAGACUUGAUGUUAAAAAAACGGAUACAGCAAAGGAUGUCCAGUCCUGCAUCCAGGAGCAGAGGAGUUCCAUGAAGAUGGUGCUUGAAGACACACGAUUGGUCGCCCUCCAAAGAGAAGGCGGGUCUAUUCUCGCCAGGAUGAGGAAGGAAGAGUGUCGAUUUGCUCAGUCUGAAGACUUCAGGGAUUCUCUGGAGUCUGUGACGUGUCUGUAUAACCAGGUGGAAGAGGCCGUUCACACGCUAGUGAUCAAAUCUAACCAGUCACUGCAACAUCUCGAACAUGUUCUUCGGUUGAGAGAAGCAGAAGACUCGCUCAGCACAGAUGUCCAGUCCUGCAUCCAGGAGCAGAGGAGUUCCAUGAAGAUGGUGCUUGAAGACACACGAUUGGUCGCCCUCCAAAGAGAAGGCGGGUCUAUUCUCGCCAGGAUGAGGAAGGAAGAGUGUCGAUUUGCUCAGUCUGAAGACUUCAGGGAUUCUCUGGAGUCUGUGACGUGUCUGUAUAACCAGGUGGAAGAGGCCGUUCACACGCUAGUGAUCAAAUCUAACCAGUCACUGCAACAUCUCGAACAUGUUCUUCGGUUGAGAGAAGCAGAAGACUCGCUCAGCACAUUGCGGGAUGCAUUAUGUUUUUGUUGGUCUCCUGACAGUAAACUCCAGUGCAUCAUGGAGGAGCUGCUUCAGACGGAGAGAGAGUAUGUGAGAGCGCUGGGGUACGUGGUGGAGAACUACAUGCCGGAGCUGGAGCGUCCCGACGUGCCUCAGGACCUGCGGGGACAGAGAGGAAGCAUCUUUGGGAACCUGGAGAAGCUGCGAGACUUUCACCAGCAUCACUUCCUUCAGGAGCUGGAGCUGUGUCUGAAGGAGCCCUUCUGCGUCGGACGCUGCUUCCUGAAACACAAAGAAAACUUUGGCCUGUACGCAUUAUACAGCAAGAACAAGCCUCGCUCUGAGAGACUGCUCAUCGAUCACGGGAGAGAGUUCUUUAAGCAGAAGCAGCAGCUGCUGGGUGAUAAGAUGGAUCUGUCCUCGUAUCUGCUGAAGCCGGUGCAGCGCAUCAGUAAAUACGGGCUGCUGCUGCAGGACAUGCUGCGUGAGUGUGAGACCGGAGCGCACGCGGGACACGAGCGGCUCGAGAUACAGACCGCGCUGAACAUCAUCCAGUUCCAGCUCCGCCACGGCAACAACCUGCUCGCCAUGGACGACCUUCAGGACUGUGAUGUGAAUCUGAAGGAACAGGGCCAGCUGAUCCGUCAGGACGAGUUCCUGUUGACCUUCAGGAAGAAGAAAUGCUACCGUCACAUCUUUCUCUUCCAGGAUCUCAUACUCUUCAGCAAGACACGCAGAACCGACGUUGGGAAUGACACGUACAUCUACAAACAAUCCUUCAAGACUUCAGACAUCGGUAUGACCCAUAAUUUCGGUGACAGCGGGCUAUGUUUUGAGAUCUGGUUUCGAAGGAGGAAGUCUCAGGACACAUACGUCCUUCAGGCACCGAGUCGAGAGGUGAAGGAGAACUGGACCAGAGACCUGGAGAGGAUCCUGUGGGAACAAGCCGUCCUCAACAGAGGUGAGCACACAGUAAUAUUCAGGUCGCUUUUAAUGUUGGUAACCAAACAGUUUCUGGUCUCCAUUGACUUGCAUAGUAUUAUUUUUUUUUUAACUCUGUAUGAUAUCGUAGGUGGGAUUCCUGUCCUCCGGCUGAAUUCUGUCGGCUCGGCCAGCUAUACGUCAUCCUCUGGAAGCCAUUCGUCCUCCUCUGGGUGGGGAUCCACGUCUCCUGUGGGUCAUCUGAUCAGCCCUAGUGGAGGAGAUGUUGUCCGGUACGUCCACGGGACCUCAGGGAUCCUGGAGGAAGAUGAUUUAGACCAGAAGAGCGGAAACCAGAGUACACUGGUGGAGAGUUCGGUGUCCUCAGGAGAAAGUGUUAGUUGCUUUAGCAGUUCUGGUCACAGCUGCUCGUCUGUGAUUGGUGGAGACUGUGAACACACCCAAUCUGAGGCGCCUAUCAUUGGUGUGAAAAAAGCGUGUGCCCACAACCACGAAUGCAGCAUGAAACCCACUAUCCCACCAGGCCAAACCAGGGACCAUUCGUGCACUACAGUUCAAGGGACGAGCAUCAUAGGAAAGUCAACUGAAGUAUAGCCCAACAUGUAUGUUUAUACUGUAAUAGCGUCAUGCUUUUAUGUUAUCAGGCCCAUCCUUUUUACCUUUUAUACCUAUCAAUCCUGUGAAACUCAAAAAUAAAGUUUAUUUUA